AUGCCCUUUGGCCUAGCCAAUGCUCCAGCUCACUUCCAGUCAUUCAUCAAUGACAUCUUCCAAGACAUCAUUGGGGUAUAUGUGGUAGUAUACCUAGAUGACUUCCUGAUCUUCAGUGACACUGAAGAGGUACAUGUGAAGCAUGUCACCAAGGUCCUCACUCACUUAAGAAGCAACAGGCUCUUUGCUAAGCUGUCGAAGUGUGAGUUCCACACCAAGAUAGUCGAGUUCCUGGGAUACAUCAUCAAGCCAACAGGCAUAGAGAUGGACCCAGAAAAGGUGCACAUUGUCAAGGAGUGGCCAAUGCCAGAGUCAAUCCAUGACAUCCAGAGGUUCCUGGGUUUUGCCAACUUCUAUCGAAGGUUCAUAGCCCACUUUGCUUGCAUAGCCAAGCCCUUGACAGCACUGGUAAAGCCUAUAGAACAGUUCAAGAAGUUCGAGCUACCAGAGGAGGCCCAACAGGCCUUCCACAAGCUCAUCCAGGCAUUCACAUCUGCAGGAGUGCUUCAGCACUUCGACUACCACCUUCCAACAAGGUUGGAGACCAAUGCAAGUGACUUUGCUAUAGCAGGAGUACUCAAGCAGGAGCAUGAAGGACGAUGGCAUCCAGUGGCCUUCUACUCUAGGAAGAUGUCUUCUGCCAAGAAGAACUAUGAGAUCCAUGAUAAGGAGCUCCUAGCUGUGGUUGCUUGCCUUACUCAGUGGCGACACAUGCUAGCUGGACUACCAAGUCAACUGGUCAUCCUCACUGACCAUGAAGCCCUCAAGUACUUCAAGUCACAGAGAUGCAUCACAGGAGACAAAGGUGGAGAGCCUGAUGCUCUCACCAGAAGGACUGAUAUGCAACCAGCUGGUGAAGAGCAGGAUCACAAUGUGAGGCAACUACUGCCUCCUCGAGUGUUCAAGGAGACAGCAGACCAUGACUCAACCCUAGUGGCCCCUAUGCUCUCGAUGGAGUCCAUAGCAUCAAAGGGUCUCAGAGACCUGGUCAAGAUCUUCCAGCCCUUAGACCAAGAGCUACAGGAGAUACAUAUGAAGAAGCCCUUCGAGGUCAAGGAUGACCUAUGGUACAGUGGAGGAAGGUUGGUUAUCCCCAAGGUAAUCAUGCCAGGGAGGACCAACAACCAACACUCAAGGAGUGCCAAAGAGGUAGAUGGACAGUCUCUCUCUGUAGAGCACCUGCGAUUCAUGGUGAUGACCCAAUGCCAUGAUGGCAUCACUGCUGGACAUGUGGGAAGAGAUGCUACCAUCAAGGCAGCUCAACGACAUUACUGGUGGCCAAACAUGACAGCUUGGAUUGCAGACUAUGUAGCAAGUUGUCCUGUAUGUGCUAGGUACAAAGCUCCUCGUCACCAUCCAUAUGGUUUGCUACAGCCACUAGCAACACCAGACAGGCCCUGGGGCUCCAUAUCCCUCGACUUCAUCGAAGGAUUACCACCAUCAAGGAACUAUGACUCCAUCCUUGUCAUUGUCGACAGGCUGACCAAGUUUGCCAUACUAGCUCCAACCCAUAAGACAGUCACAGCCAAACAGACUGCAGUGUUGCUAUACAGACACAUGGUUAGACUUUUUGGAUACCCAGAUCACAUGGUCUUGGACCGAGGCAGGCAGUUCAUAUCAGGAGCAUGGAAGGCAUUUGCAGAACAAAUGGGUGUGAAGCACUCACUUAGCACAGCCUACCAUCCUCAAACUGAUGGUCAGACAGAGAGGGUCAAUCAGGUCAUAGAGCAGUACCUAAGGAUGUACUGCAACUAUGAGCAGAAUGAUUGGGCCAACCUGCUGGACACUGCAGCCUUUGUAUACAACAACAUGGUCCACAACAGCAUUGGUGUCUCACCAUUCUUUGCAUGCUAUGGAUGGAACCCCAAAGCUCAUCCUGAUAUCCCUCAACGACUAGGAGUCAAUGAUCCAGGUCGCUUUGAGUACCUCAUGGAUGGAAAGGAGCAUUGCAAGUACCUCCAGGAGCAGAUCAGAGAGGCACAACAUAGAUCAGUAGACCAGUAUAACAGGAAGCACAAGGACAUCGAGUUCAAGGUGGGUGAUAUGGUCUAUAUCAACCAUCAAAACUGGAAGACAAGGAGACCCACACCCAAGUUAGAUACUCGGUUUGCAGGACCCUACCCAGUUCAGGAAUGA